AUGUCGGAAAAAAUACCCGAGUACGGAACCCUCAGUGCGCGAGUCUGACUUACACUUGUUUAUCUCUGCAUCAAGUCUGAGUAGAGUCAGAACGCUGUAUAGAUCUCACCAGCCAAUUAUCUCUCGUUAUUGGAGUAUAACGUGCCUGAAUGUAAUGAAAUUAAUUAUUAGAAUUACAUUUCUGACAAUAAAUGAUUGUGUGACAUGGUGAUAUGCUUUAAGAUUACUAAUUGUAUUAUUGAAGCAAGUUAGAUUAAAAUAAUUGAUAUUUGUUGUUGCAUUGUAUUGCCGUCUAGAAAUAAUUAGUAUACCUAAUAAUAAAUUGUAUGUGUGUUUUAUUAUAUUAAAAUCAGUUUCCUGCCAUAAUACUUUGUUUUUUUUAUUCUCAAAUCUACCUUAGCGAUUCGUUUUUUUAUCGUAAAUAGACAAAUAACCUAAUGUGCUUAUUUCAUUAUCUGAAUUAGUCUUUCUUAAAUAUUUAGCUAUCAUAGAACCAUACAAUGCAACAUUGCCCACCUACCGUAACCUACCUUAUAGGUGGCAAUGUUGUAUGGUUUUACGGUAACCAAAGCCUACCCACAUUUUAAAAUCGAAUAAAAAAGUACGGCUAUAUCAUGUAAUUUAUUUAUUGAUAUAAAUAAAUAAAAUAUCAUACUUAUUUACAAAAAAAAUUUUUUUUUAGCAUUCAUUUUAGCAGCUUUUCUAAUUCUGAGAGGAGACCCGUGCUCUGUAGUGAGCCGGCGAUGGGUUGAUCAAGAUGAUGUAUAUACCGAAUUUUAAUAAUCAUUGUUUAUUAUUGAUGAAAAAGAUUUAUAUCAUACCCAUAUUAUUAUUAUAAAAUGUACCUAUUAUGGCAAAGGCAAAUAAAUUGUUAUAUCGAAAUAAUUGUAUUUUACGAUCGAUACUCUCGAAACUCGCAUCGGUAGCUUGAUUAGAGAACAUCACUAAAGCAUAUUCUGACUCGCAAUGUCAUGCACCGCCCUCCACCCGGGCUGCCGCUGUUUGUCGGCAUCGUCGGCAUUAUCAAAGGUUUGCCGCCAAACGAUACAAACAGUGCGCCGCUAGUGUCGCUAGCGCGCCGCACACCAGCUGAUCAACCAAUCGUGUUGCAAACCGCCAUUCGCCAGCCAAUCGCAGCUCAAGUUGUUUGCCGGGUAUGACAUAAUAUUUUGUUUAUGAAGUUCACUUUUGCAGAAGUUGUGGAGAGAGUAGGCACAAAAUAAUUAAGUAAUAAAAGUUUUACCAGCAGUGGGGCAAAAUGGAAGACGACGACAACACAACGCCCAGCGAAUGGACCCCAGAAGUGGGUUCUUGCACCGCGGGCACCAGCGCGGGCGGGGGCGGCAGCGCGACAGCGGGAGAGACGAGCUUAUCGGCUCUCCUGCGCGCUGCGAUCGCUGCCGCUGACCAUAAAGACGCUGGGCAGAGCGUCCAACAGGCACAAGCUCCGCCAUCGGGGACGGCGGCGCAUGCGCCCACCUGCGCCAGUAACCAACCCAACUCAAACUCUAAAAAAGCCCUGUCAGCUGAGGAGCGAGCUGCCAGGGACUUGAGGGAGGCUGGACCGUCCUGGGCUUACACGCCUUUCGAACGGUCCAGCAUCCAAGGGGCCUACUGCGAGCGGCGGGUCCUGUCUAGGGCACUAUCCUCAGAUGACUCUGAGGACAGUGACACUGGACAUGGAUCUGGGCCGUUGAAGCGAAGAUGUAUUCGGAAGUGAAUAUGAGAUAUCGUGUUCACUUCCGAAUAGGUAUCUUCGCUUCGUGUAGGGUUCCGUAUGCAAAAGGUAAAAACGGAGCCCUAAUAAUGUCACUCAGCUGUCUGUCCGUCUGUCCGUCCGUCCGUCUGUCUGUCUGUCUGUCCGUCCGGAUCCUGUCACAGGUCUCUAGCUGGUUCAGGGGGGCUCCCGUACAUAAAAAAAGGAGCCGGAUUUUUUUUUCUUAGCGUGUG